AUGGCUCAAGCAAUGAAGCUCAAUGACAAGGCCCCUGCCAAUACUCCGCCGGCCCAAACGCCUCCAUGCAACCCCACCGAUAGAAGUCGACAGCAGAGCGUGACAACAGGAGAUGGGUAUCAGCAUUCUGAAGCGAGAGAACUCGUAGAUCCUACUUGUUACCUCACCACUCAGUACUCAGAUAGAGUAGCCCCAAGCGGCGACUCGGAUUGUCUAGAUCUACUCCCAAUAGAGCAGGGUCGAGAAAGAGGAAUUCUUGAUGGCUUUCGAAGUUGGUGGGGUUCGUACGCCGUCGUUUUUCAAGAGGCCUGGCUGGUUUCCCAGGCGUGCAUGAUCGCUUCCGUUUAUGAUCGUUUACUUGUAUUUCCUGACCAUCAAUAUUAG